ACCAGUCGUGGCGCAUGCACGUCUCGCUGUUUCGAGUCUCGCGUUCGCCUCCGUCGCGUCGUUCGCCCGCGCGACGUAUUAUCGUCACAACCGCGUUGCGUUUUGUUCGCGAUUCUAUUUCACUUUUCGCUUACGAUUUUCCGUUUUCGCGGCCCCCGUCACUCUCGCGUGUGCCGUCCGCAGUUUCGUCGCGCGUUGUCUACCGCGUGUCGUUCGUUUAUCUUUCGUGUGGCCAGGUGCACUUCCGCGUCGCAGUCGUCACACCGCCCCUCCGGUUCGUUUAUUUAUAGGCCGCUGCGGUGGUCGCGACUUUUUUUUUUUCUUUCGCCGAACACCUACCGCCGCAGUUACGUUCGCGUGCAUAGUUAUAACAUUAUAGGUAUAUACCGCUUACCGUGCGACCGUUUCGGUUCAUUCUCUUAACCACGCGUCUUUGUCUAAUCGUUCGCUAACGACCACCUUAACACGAACACGUUUAAACGGAUCGCAUACAGAUACCUCUUCUCUCUCUCUAGUGACGUUUCAUUAUUGCGUACUAAUACAGUAUAAAAGUUCGCGUGCGCCCUUCGUAGGGUUUGUCGUACAAUAACUUACCCCUCUCGUCUUGGCUUGUCCGACCGUUUGCGUACUGUUCGAUUACGGUUCAAUUAUAUUCCACAUAAUCACGGUAAUUUUCGCACCGUGUGAUCGUCGUCUUCGCGUCGCUGCCGUCAAUCUCCUCACACGUUACACAGAUUCUUUUUUUUGUUGUAUUAUAUAUUGCUGAAGUACGAAUUGAUAACCUUGAAGAAACCUGAAAAAAUCAAUCAACACCCUUGAUAUCAGUGGUUAACCUAGAAUGGUAUGCAGUAGGAGUAGUUCGGGUUUUGGAAUGGGAAUGACGUGAAAGUGGAACCAUGAUUCAGGGACUAUGCCACAUAGUCACAAGGAGCUGAUGAUGGACACGGGAAAUGGCCGCAAGUGCGGCUGCACCGACGACGACCGACACCGUUGCGGACGGACUGCGGUGGUGGCGGCAGCGGCGGGAGCAACUGUCGUGCGAGUCGUGUCGGUGGUCGGCGAGCGACUGCGGCUGGACGGCGGUGAACAGAGGCGCGUGGCCGACGGUCCGCGCGCCAUAUGGUCAUCCGCGUCACACGUUGGUCACCGAGACGGCGACGACGGAACCACGGUGGGCCUGAUGAUGCCGUCCGACGGCAAUACAGUGACGACGGCGACCACCGUCGGCGAAGAGCGGCCGAGCGGUAGUGUUCGGUUUCGAUGGCCACGGCAAUACGCCGUCGCCACGGCGCUGUGUGUCGCGAUCGCUGUCGUAUCGCUCGCCCUGGCGUCGGUGGCCGGUUACGAGUACGAUACUGGCUACGGCGGCGACGGCGACGGUAGCCGAGAGGUGCACCGGUGCGGCACGCUCGGCGGCCGGCCGCUGGUGGAGCCCAAGGGCGUCAUCACCACGCCGCUGUUCCCGGGCCCGUUCCCGGUGCCCAUCGAAUGCGAAUGGGUAAUCCAGGUGAACGGCGACGGUGGCGGCGGGGACACCAUGGUCGAGGUGUACUUCACACAGCUGUUUGUCACCGACGGGCUGACCAUCACCGAGUACUCUCAGUACCCGCCCGACUUCGGGUUCGUGACGGUGCGUGAGGUGUUCAACAAGUCGCACAUAUCCCAGUACGGACAGUCCAUGCUCACCACGCUCCCGUAUCUGGUCAUCCGGUUCCGGUUGAACCGGUUGGAGGGUAACCACAUACGCGUCCACGACGACCUGAUGGACGUGUACGGGUUCAACAUCACCUACGAGAUGCGGCCGAUCGGCAACGAGCGCGAGGACGUGUGCAGUUUGCUUCUGUGCUCAUACUCCGGCAACUGCCUGGGCAACGCCGACCUCACAGAGUACAAGUGUGCUUGUUUUUCCGGGUUUUCUGGUGAUAACUGUGGAUACGGACCAAUUUGCCAUCCUAACAAUACGGAUUCGUGUGAAAAUGGUGGAACUUGCCGACAUGUCGGCCGAUCGAUAGCGAUAUGUAACUGUCCAAUCGGAUUCACAGGCGGUAAAUGCGAAGUACCCGUGGUCAAUGUCACUACUGAAUGUGGUUCGUCUACUAGUUGUAUACAGCAAUGUAACAUCAAUGAAGAUAUUGUUGACGUAACUAAAGGUCCAUGUCAAUGUAAUAUAUAUAAAAAUUCAUCGACAACUAUAGAUUCCGUUCGCUAUCAUGCUGCCAUUAAAUUGGUGAACAUAUCGGCCAUUGUAAAUGAAAACCUCAACGAGUUUUUGCAGCAAAAAAUUUUCAAAUAUUUCAAAAAACAUUUGAAUUCACACGAACUCCGUGAUUUAAGAAUAACAUCAAUUUUGCAAAAAUCUGGAGAUGUUCAUUUUGAAUUUUAUUCUCGAAAAUCAGAUCAGAAAAUCGUACAAGAUUUACUUAAUCAAAUGAUUACAAAUGGUUCUUUGCCUGGACCCAGGCCCGUGCCUUUAGUGAAAACUGCAUUAUCCUUUCAACAAGAGCCAUCACUUUGGUUAAAUAAAAUGGACGUCAAUAAACCCAGGGACUCGAUACCCGAAGGGGAACAAUUCAUUAUAUCCUGCUCAGCCCAGGGUCCAGCAGACAUGCAGUUCCAAUGGUAUAAAGAUGAUAACCCAAUCAAUACUUCAAUAUCAACCAGAUAUAUCUGGACAAAAAUAAAAAAGUCUGAAAAAUCCGAAUAUAAAUCCUCUAUUUUGGUAAUUGAACACGCAGACGUCUUUGACUCUGGAAAGUUUACGUGCCAGGUGUCAGACCAUUCGUACCAACAAUGUCAGUCGGUCGCGUUGACCGUACUCCCUCUGCCUGAAGUUAUAAUGAAACCAUCUGUAACGGUGAAGCCGGGUGAUAACGUGACCAUUAUGUGUUUCUUGAAAAAUGAGUUUACCAAGUUUGGAAAUACGUGGUUGGACAGUGACAUGCAUUUGGUGAAAAUGGACAAAAACGUAUAUUGGGAGGAUUUGCAUCGCGGUGGUAGCGUACUAUACGUGAAGAAUAUAACGUCCUCGUCCGAGUACGUGUGCGAAGCGUCAAACCGGGCGGGCAGGCGUAACGCCACGGUGUCCGUGGAGGUGCUGGACACGAACUUGACGGCGCACUGUGCGGCGGACGGCGUGUGGCCGCUGACGGGCGCCGGCAAAGCGGCGUCAGUGGAGUGCCCGAAGAACCGGUCGACCAGCUACGCGUCGCGCACGUGCGUGCUGACCGCCGACAACGUGACCGAGUGGCAGACGGCCGAUUACUCGCGGUGCCCGCCGGACGAUCUCGGCAAGAUCACCGCGAACUUCCACAAAAAAACACUGGGAUACGAUAAAAUCAAUGUAACGGCCGCAAAAACAUUGAAUUCCCUAUACAGUAAUCUACAAACCAUGGCUAAAUGGUAUCCCGGUGAGGGUGAGCCCGUUAUCGAUUUUCUCAUGACCGUCACCGCGUUCUUACAGACUUCGCACGAUUUGGCAGACCUGGAUCAAGCGUCCGUCAGCUUUAACAACAUACUGAGCAUACUAUUGGAAAACAAUUCAAUUGUCAACGAAAAGAAAAUCGUUCAACUGUUGGAAAUGAUCGAAACCUGGACACUACUGAAAGCGUUCUAUUCGAUAAUGAACAAAGGCACUAAACAUUACACCAAUCAAAUCGAGAAUAUUUACAUUGCAUCAACAUCGGAAAUUAUAAGAAACCGCAACGAGACCACUAUUAGUCAUAAUUUUUUCGACAAGCAAACCAAUAGACAACAACCUAAGGUGACGGUUUCCAUGUUCGACAUUCAAAUCGAUAAAUGGAUAAACAAAUCAUUCAACGUUGGAAUCACGACGUUCAGAAACCUGUCGGAGUUUUUCCCAAGGAAAUAUUUCAUAAACAAGAGCCAAGACGGUGAGAUCGAGUACACCGUGGUGACCCCAGUGGUGGCCGUGAGCGUGGCGCAAGACGGCCGCCGGAUACGCAAGCACUGGCCGGCCAUCGUGACCGAUCUGCAGUUCGACCUGAAGCUGCCGCGGCCCAGCAACGGCACGUGGAACGUCACGUGCGUGACCGCGUCUCGGCUGGCCAACGCGGUGCGCCAAUGGGACGUGUCCACGUGCCGCGUGCUCGGCGAUUGGUCGCCGUCAUCCAACGUUACCCGGUGUCGGUGCCCGACGGCCGGUCUGUUCACCGUCCUAGCCCGCGUGGUGCCCAAGACCGAAGUAGGUCAAAUUAAUUUGAAACAAGAUGUGAUAGUCAUAUUCGGAUGUGUUUGUUGUCUGGUACAAUCUGCACUGUCUCUGGUUCUAUUGGUUACGCAAUGGAUUAAACACCCAACAUGUAUACUUUACUUGAAGAUACAACUGUGCUUGGCCGUUGUUUCACAGAUGUGCAUAUUUCUAUACGCUACGAAGAACAACGAUUACGGGUACUUCUCGUUGGGCCUACAAAUAGUGACCAUAGUCGAGAUAACGUCACAUUUGAGUCAGUUGCUCAUCGUUUACACGGAGAUAAUCAGUUUCCCACAGUUUUCCAAUAUCAAACUACCCAUCAUUGGUUUGGCUACAGCUGCGCCCGUGUUGUUUGUGCUCAGUAUCAUGUUGAGUCUCAAUAUUAUCGGCGCUAAACCUAUUCGGCCGUGGUGGUCAUGGGAGAACUCUGCAUUCAUUUAUAUCUAUUACAUACUGUUCGUACUGCUGGUGGUUAUGUACUUAUCAGUUUUAUCGAUCACCAUACCUAAACUGAAAUUCAUCAAACAAAAGCUACAACGGAAUACGCCGGCCAGCAUGAGAAAAAGGAUGGGACUUAUCAUGCGAUCGGUGAUUAUCCUGUUAAUGGUCAUCGUCACAACCGUAUCCAGUAUCUUGCUCAUAAUAUACAAAGAAGACUUUUCCAAAUACGUUUUCAGUUCGUCGUGCGCCUUAAAAGGGUUCGUUGUGUUUUAUUGCUACGUACUGCAUUCGGAAGAUCCAUUCGACUUGCGAACCGUAUACCGAUCGAAGACGCAGCCACAACAAUCGUUCGACGACAACCAUUCGGAUUCCGACGGCAGUCCAUUGAAUUGUUUUUCUAAGGAUGCUAUAGAUUACGAUAUAAAAAAAUCAAUGAAAAGUGAUAUAUUGGAAAUCACAGAUAAUCCACAAGAGUAUUUUAUCACGCAAGAAAAACCAGUGUCAAUCGUUAGCAAUCUUACUAGUUCGUUAAAAAAGCUCGAUAACAGUACUGAACCUAAGAAGUCUGUAACUUUUCGUCAUGACUUAAUUACAGGGUGCCAGGAAAAGUCGAUAGACGGCCACGAAACGGACGACAGUUACGACGGGGGCAACUGCAGCAACGGUAACGGUAACAUUUGCAGUGGCGGUGACGGAAACAGUUAUCGGAACGGCGACAACAGCAACAGUUGCUCGCCACUGCUCGAGACGACGGCCGACGUGGCGGCGGCGUACAACGUGGGAGGCGCGGGCGCGGGCGGCGGCGCGAUCGUGGACGAUUGGCAAUUGGUGCAGGCUGACUUCGUGGACGUGCCCGCCGGGAGCGACACGUCCAUCAGGUGCGUGGUGCAACCGCCGCCGGACAUGUUGGCCACACACGUGUGCGUCGAGGUCGGUCUAGUCAAGUCGUCGACCGCCGCGAUGGCCACCGCCGCUGCGGACAAGUCCGAGGUGCCCACGAUCGUGGUGUGCAGCGUGGACGUGGAACCGUGCCGGCAGCCGCAGCAGCAGCCCGUGACGGAAGUGGCGGACAAGUGUUCGGCCGACGUCUCCGACGACGUGCUGGACCGGAUAUCGCAGGACUUGGACUAUCUGCUGAACCGGAAGACGUUGACGGACCCGUCGGUCGACAGAAAUCCGGAGCAGCAGUCGGACGUGGUCGCCGACGUGACGGUGAAAAAACGGACGAAACUCUAAUGACGAUUGCCAAUCGUACGGAAACGUUUUGGACGCGCGAGUGAAACGCAUUUCACGUCGUCUACGUCCCGUUCGCUCUCGUCGUCGAUCUGCGGAAAUCCUUUCUCUCGAAUUAUUAUACAAUGCAUACAUAUUAUUAAAUCAUUUUCGUUUUGUUUUUUUUUUUUUUUUUUUUAAUUGUUUUCAACAUGUUAAAAUACUGUACGCGCACCCUUUUGCAUCGUGACGUAUUUUGCGACAAACGAUUGCCUCCGUGUUCAACGUAAAAUGUCCAUACAUUUCGAUACCAUUUUCGUAAUUUUUAAAUGUUCGUUUAUUGAAUAUUAUUGUUCCUAUAUGAGUUGUAUGUACAACUGUGCAGGUAUUAUUGUUAAAUGAUUAUUGAUUUUGUAAAAACCGUAUUUGUACGCCAAA